AUGUCGACCGCAACCGCAAGCAAACCGCCCGUCACCGGCCCUUCCCGCCGCGAGGCCACGGCCAGGACCUCGUCAUCCUCGCCAGGGGCUGCUGCCACCCGCACGCCCGCCCGCUCCUCGACCCCGACUACCAAUGGCGCCUCCAGCGUCGCGAGGACACGAUCUGUUCGUGGAGGCUCGGCCAGCUCCCCCGUCUCGGCCCGCGCCGCCGUCAAGAAGCCCGCCUCCAGCCUGAGCAACGCAUCGCAGGCCGAUGCCGCCAGCGACGAGGCCCGAGACGAGCAGGCCGCCCUCCUCCAGGACCUCAAGGACCGCCUGCAAAAGGCCGAGAGCGAGGCGGAGGAGCGCCAGAAGCAGGUCGAGGUCCUGAGCACCCGCCUAGACGAUGCGCUCGCCGAACAGGCCAAGCUCGAGGAGCGCGCGCACGAGGAAGAGGAAAAGGUCGAGGCGCUAGAGAAUGAGAAGCGCGAGCUAACACGUCAGCAACGCGAGCUCGAGAGCAUCUAUGAAGCCGAGCGUGCCCAGGCCAUGAAGGAAAAGGAGGAAACCCAGUCGCGCGAAGAAGACAUGCAGAGCACCAUCCAGCGGCUCAAGGAGACCAUGACGACCAAGAACGCUCCAAGCAGCGAGCUUGGCGAAGACAAUGGCGAACAGCAGCCGCACCUCUUCCGCAAUGCUUCGUCGCGCAACAACUCGACGCACAACCUGGAGAAUGUCGCGUCCUUUGCACCACCCAACUCGGUUCAGCGCAGCAACUCGCGCAACAACUCCAAGCUCAUCAACCAAAAGGACAAGAUCAUUGAAGAUCUGCGCCUCGAGCUCGCCGAGUACCAGGUCAAGAUGCUCGAGGUGGAGAAUGCCGGGGGUGGCCGCCUGCGCGAGCUAGAAAAGCAAUUGCUCGAGACUCGCAUGACCAAUGCCAGGCUUAUGGAAGACAACGAGAGCUUCCAGCUACUGCUGGGUGAGAAGACCCUCAACGGAGACCUGAGCCGUGGGGAAUUCUUGCGCGAGACUUCCAACACGGAUGACCGUGCCCCAUCUCGCAGCGGACCUUCGACCAGCUUGGCUGACGAGCUCCAAUCAGCAGAAGAGGGCGAUGCAGAGGUUGUUCGCAAGCUCGAGGCCGAGCUCAACAGCAUGAAGGCCCAGAACCAAGCCCUCACCCUCUACAUCAACAAGAUUAUCGGCCGCCUGCUCACGCACCAGGGCUUCGAAUCUGUCCUUGGCAACGAUACCGAGAACGAGACGGGUGGCCCUGACAGGAACAAAGAGCUUCCGCCGCCGCCGCCUCAGGAAAACGAGCAGCCGCAAGGCUUCCUCCAGCGCGCCAAGUCGGUUGCCAUGGGCGGAAACCGUAAGCCGCGCCCUCUUAGCGCAAUGGGCCCACCACCCCUGAGCCAACAGAGCGCGCACGAAGACCCGGCCACGGCGCCGAGCAUCCCCCUGACCCGUUCCACUUCUGGUCGCCACCCAAGCGGCAGCCACCGCCGCUCUACAUCUGAUGUCCAUGGCGCCGCCGGCAUCGUCAACAACAUGUACCGCUCUCCUACCGGCACGCCCAACCCAGCUUCGCCUGGCAUGGUCUCGCCCCGUAAUUCAUUCUUUGGUCUCCCUGUCAACAGCAGUGGACCAGGGUCUGUCAGCUCCAUCUCUAGGGUGCCAUCCGGUCAAGGCCCCAUCCCAGAGGACAAGGAGGUUGAUGCGAGAACCGAGUCCUCGUCGGCCAGCCACGUAGACACGCCUAGCCCGCCGCGUCCGCUUGCUCGCAGUGAAACCGGCAGCGGUGUCAUGACGGGCAAGGGCAUGCGACCGCUGCGUCUCGUGCAGAACGAGGAAGAGGCCAUGAAGGCACGCAAAGCCGCCAAUCGCAGCAGCUGGUUUGGCGGUCUAUUCGGCCAAACACCGCCGCAACAGCAGCAGCAGGACACGCAGUAA